AUGGGUCUGGACCCAAAGGCCAAACAAGUCGCGGUUUACAUAUCUGGACCGCGUGCCAAGGACUCCACCGAGAUCCCGAGGUACCUUUCAAGUCAAGCGCCAGACGUGGCAUGGGCCGAAAAUUCCAGCGUCACUUUGGAAAACAGACAAAAGGUGGAAAAAGGGGACUUUGUCAAGAGUGUUCCCGUGACCGUUUUCCAGCUGGCCAAUGCGAAAACGGUCACUCAAGUUACCUCCAUCUGGAAGCCUGACGGAGGAUCUGCCACCAAAACUGUCAUUUUGCUUCAAGAGACUCAGCAAGGACCUGUUUAUUCGUACUACGGAAUGCGCGAGAUAAUUGUGACAAUGCGGCAAAGAUGGGUCAGAGUCCAAGUGAGCACGCUGAACUCACCUCCUUCCCACGCCUAUGUCUGGUGCUGA